AGGAAGAGAGGGAGAUUGAUCAUUUGAACGUCCUGGGCCUUGCAAUCCUUGGAGUAACACUUACAUUAAUACUAGACCCAAAACGUAUUUUAUUUUCAAUUCCACCCUUUCCCGAACUGAAGGCUUGAGUUUUUUUCGCUUGUUUUCUUUUUUGGGUUAUUCCCACCCAGGAGACGUACCAUCGCCACCAGCAGCAGCAGUAGCGGCAGCAGCAGAGGAAUAUCUCCCAAUAUCCCAUCCCGGGCACGUCGGAUAAGCUGCAGCAGCGAAAAACACGAGGUGAAUAUUGCGGUGGAUGAGGACAGGAACAUGGUCCGUGGAAUUUCACACCUCUCAUCCUGGCUGGGAGGCAGUUUGGGCUUGUUAUGGGGGUGACCGGAAGGAGAGGGUGACAGAAGAACAGUGAUGCUUCUGUUUACAUAACGAGAGACUCACACCCGCGCACAUACACACACACAUGCGCACACAUGCUCAAAUCGCCAGUCCAAGGCAUACACACUUGCUUAAACACUUCCACACAUACAUACACACACAGACAAGUAUUCAAGGGACUCACUGACUGAGUCACCGCACACUCAGAGGCAAAGAAUCACUGACUCACAAACAGGACCAAAAACACACACACAAAAGGAAAAGGUUGUUUGCAAGAGCCUGGAUUGCUUGUUGUGUGUGCUAUGGGCCAAGCUGAGCAGCAGCUGUGUGUGAGUGGUGGAUACCUCUGAAGGGUCAACAUAGCCUUGGUCUUCUCCCUCUCGUUGGCUGUUCCGGCUCCCUCCCCAUUCCGGUAUCCCUAAACACAUCAUCAUGUCCGAGCAGAGGACCAGGAGGACUCCUUCUCCCCCGGCUCCUCUUCCGUCCUUUUUAUCCCCGUUUGGAUUUGUAUCCCUCCUCCUUUCCCUCUGCCUCACCAUUAGCCUCUUUUCGGCUUCUUCAUGGGCGCAGCAGACUGUGCCUGUCAUCUCUACGGCGCAGGGCCGCAUCCGAGGCAUGCUGACCCCUCUGCCCUCCGACCUCCUGGGGCCCGUCAUCCAGUACCUGGGGGUGCCAUACGCAAGGCCUCCAACUGGUGACCGACGUUUUCAGGCACCCGAGCCUCCUUUGCCAUGGCCAGGAAUACGAAAUGUGACUCAGUUUGCCCCCGUGUGCCCGCAGUCGCUGGAUGAGAGGAGCAUGCUGGGGGAUAUGAUGCCUUCCUGGCUCACGGCUAACCUGGAUAUAGCAGCGACAUACCUCACUCACCAGAGUGAGGAUUGUCUCUACCUAAAUAUCUACGUGCCCACUGAGGAAGAUAUCCAUGAGGAGGGGGGUCAGCGGCCGGUGAUGGUUUACGUCCACGGGGGCUCGUACACAGAAGGCACCGGCAACAUGAUGGAUGGCAGCGUACUGGCAAGCUACGGGAACGUCAUUGUCAUAACCCUCAACUAUCGCCUAGGAGUACUAGGAUUUCUGAGUACAGGUGACCAGGCAGCGAAAGGGAAUUACGGCUUGCUGGAUCAGAUCCAGGCUCUGCGCUGGGUGAAGGAGAACAUCGCAGCUUUCGGAGGAGACCCCGGUAGAGUCACUGUGUUCGGAUCGGGGGCCGGGGCCUCCUGCGUCAGCCUACUCACCUUGUCUCACUACUCUGAGGACCUGUUCCACAGAGCCAUCAUCCAGAGCGGCAGUGCUUUAGCCAGUUGGGCUGUCAACUACCAGCCCAGCAAGUACGCCCGGCAGCUCGGCGAGAGGGUGGGCUGCGGCAUCGACGACAGCACCCAAUUGGUUGCCUGCCUCCAGGGCCGGAGUUACCGAGAACUUGUGGAGCAGAGCGUAACGCCGGCCAAAUAUCACACGGCUUUUGCCCCGGUGAUUGAUGGUGAUGUCAUACCUGAUGACCCCCAGAUUCUGAUGGAGCAGGGAGAGUUUCUGAACUACGACGUUAUGCUGGGGGUUAACCAGGGCGAGGGCGUGAAGUUUGUGGAGGGCAUUGUGGAUUCAGAGGACGGUGUCACGGCUGAGGACUUUGACUUUGCAGUGUCAGACUUUGUGGACAGUUUGUAUGGAUACCCAGAAGGCCGGGAUACGCUGAGAGAGAGCAUAAGGUUCAUGUACACGGACUGGGCGGACCGUGACAAUGCAGAAACCAGGCGGAAGACGCUGGUAGCGUUAUUCACGGACCACCAAUGGGUCGCGCCAGCAAUCGCCACAGCUGACCUCCACGCCCAGUAUGGAUCCCCUACAUACUUCUACUCCUUUUACCACCACUGCCAGAGUGACGCCACGCCGCCUUGGGCUGACUCCGCCCAUGGUGACGAGGUGCCCUAUGUGUUCGGUGUGCCCAUGGUGGGACCCACUGAUCUGUUCAACUGUAACUUCUCCAAGAACGACGUGAUGCUGAGCGCUGUUGUCAUGACUUACUGGACCAACUUUGCCAAGACUGGUGACCCAAACCAGCCGGUUCCUCAAGACACCAAGUUCAUCCACACUAAACCCAACCGCUUUGAAGAAGUGGCCUGGUCUAAGUACACCCCUAAAGAGCAGCUGUAUCUCCACAUUGGCCUGAAGCCCCGUGUCAGAGACCACUACCGUGCCACCAAAAUCUCCUUUUGGCUCCAGCUGGUCCCUCACCUACAUCAUGUCAAUGAACUCCUCCAAUCGGUUUCCUCCUUCACGCACAGUCCCUCUCCACAGGAUGACACUCCUUAUUCUUACACUAAGCGUCUUGCCAAAGCUUGGCCGCCAGGCAGUACACGUCAUCCAGGUUCACAGGCAGGAACUCCACAGCCACCAGAGGCUGCUUUAGGCCAAGGUGGACCGGAAGAAGGGGUCCGCGUCCCGAAUGAGGACUACUCAACUGAACUCUCGGUGACGAUUGCGGUGGGAGCGUCACUGUUGUUCCUCAACAUCCUGGCAUUCGCCGCUCUGCUGUACAAGAAGGACAAGAGGCGUCUGGAACAUCGCCGUCCACUUCCUCCCCCGAGACGAGAUAUCACGCCUGCAGACGUCGCCGCCCACCUGCAGGGGGAGGGUCUGAUGUCACUACAGGUGAAGCAGCUGGAGUGUGAUGCUGCGUCAGCAGACGAGAGGAACAACCUUCACCACCAUCACACUCUGGACACGCUGGACGCUCUGGACGGCAUGGACACCCAGGACAUCUACAGCACCCUGGACACUGUGCGCCUCACCUGCCCUCCAGAUUACACCCUCACCUUGCGCCGCUCGCCCGACGACGUCCCCCUCAUGACCUCUCUGACCCCAGGUUCACUGCCCGUGACUCCUGGGUCACACCCUGUUACCCCGGCGACACCGAUGACCCCCAUGACGCCUGGAUCAGUGGUGGGGAUGAGAAUGGGGCAUCCGCACCAAGGAUACACGCAUCAUAGCCCAUACAGUAAUACACACUUGCCACACACACACAUCUCAACGCAUACACACUCCACCACACGUGUAUAACCGCCGCAGCAAGAUACUUGCACACACAGAGACAUAAUUACAACACACAUAAAAACACACACACAAACACAUACCCAUUAAAACACAGACACACACGUAAAACAAAAGACUUAAAUACCUCUACUAAUUACCCUGCAGGAUUGUUACAGGUGGAGUGACAGAAAGACAUUUUCAGUAACAGGAUGAAAAGACAGACAGCUGUGUGUUGCAUGUCGGGAAACUCAAGACACUGGAUCCCGGGAGAUGCAGUUCUAUGCAUCAUUUGCUCAUAACCUUGAACGAGACGCGCCAAGACAAGACAUCCAUCAAAUGUCUCAAAAGCUGCUUUGGAUAUUAAAUCUUCUGCUUUUUCUACACCUGAGGAGGAAGAGGAGGAGCGCUGUGGCAAAAGGGUCAGUUAUGGAUCAGUUUACAUCUCCUACUGUACCUGUGCUGCGCAGUGAAGCAGUGCUGGGACUGAGCAGAGCAGAUGCAGAUGCAGAACGGAGCUAAGAAGUACCACACACAGUCUGCUGAUGUCAACUUGAACAACCUGUGAAAUGUGAAUGUAGCAUUUUUUUCCAUUAAAAGAUCCAAGGCCCUAUCUGCCAAGGAUCAACCUAAGCUGAGGAGAAAAUAACAAAUUUCAGCAAGAGAUGGAUGUAAAGACAGACAGACAGGAAGAGGGGAUUAAAAAAACAACAUUAGCUGAAGGAAAAGUUCGUCAGAUGGUGGGAAAGAGAUUAAGAUUUUAUUGAGAGGGAUUUAACAGCUGUGAGAGCGAGAAAGAAGUGAGAUAGAGUGAUAUAGAAAACACAGAAAUGGAAAUGUGCCAAGAGACAUAAAUUAGCUUCAGAAGAUGAAAGGGCCUCUGAAGUUUUGUCAGACUUACUGAAGAAUCACUCUAACCAGCUAUGUGUUAAACUCUUGUAAAUAGAAUGGAAAGAUACAGACGAUAUACUAUGAUUUAUAGCAUUUACCUGCUCUUGCAUUAAAACAUGACUUAUUUAACCACAUUAUUGCUUUCAUUUCAGAUAUUACUAUAUUAUUGUAUAGGUGUCCUGAAGCAAGGCUGGUGUCUCUCUAUCUCACCCAAUGUAAUAUAUACACAGUACCUUUAUUAAAGGCUAUGCACAGUCAUUUCAAUAAUUCUUAAACUGUGUAAACAUCUUGAUACUCGUUUAGUCGUUGAAGUAUAGGACAUCUUCACAUCAUCCUGUCUAUUUGUUUGACCAUCAGAUAUUGAGCUAGUACUGUGUAGAUAAUGCAAUAUUGGUUUGACGAUUGAGCACCAGCCAAAAACCAUGACCCUUUGAACCUAAUACCUUCCCUUUCCCCUUCUCCCCUUAUUCCUUAUUAACCUCGUAAUUCCUUAGAAAUCCUGCUUUAUUUAAUUUUACUUUAGUUAAAUGUGGUGGAGAUUCACUGGGGCCAAGUCACAUCUCACCUCCCGAGAAAAAAAUAAUGCUUUUACUUAUUGUUCCUACCCUUUUACACCAUGUAUUUCUAAGAGUCCCUGCUUAAACUACCUAAUGCUGACUGAAACCUUGUUUAAAUUCAAAAUCACUCCACAGUAACACAGAUUCUGUACAAAAACAUGGAUCGGUCUCCGACAUUUUAAAGCCUGGAGUUUGGUUUACUAGCUGCCAGCAUGUUGUCAAUUGUUCGGAGCCAGAUUUGAUUUGAUUAAUUAGGUUGAGCCUCUGGAUGAUGAGCGCAGCUUUUUGUGAUAAUUUGACUUGACAUUCAAGGCAAACAUGCCUCUGAACAUACCAGUUUGUAAGUGUAAGUGUAAACAGCUUCUUAAUGGUUCCAAAUGUGUUGAAAUUGCCACCAACACAUGAAUUCAAAGAAGGGAAUUCAUCUUUUAAAUCCCCCCAACAUCUUGAGGAAAUAAUGAUGGAUUUUAUUUCAGAGAGAGCUUUUUCCUGCUGACUUCACAGUUAAUUAUUGAGGGUACUGCUGGUUACUGCUAUGUGUCAUCAGAAUAAGAUUAGCAGCAUUCACAAAAUCAAUUUCAGCCAAUUCAUAAUGGAGGGUAUUUGGCAAAGAUAGGGAACUGUCAUGGGUUCCAUAAAAAAAAAUGAACAAUGGCAAAUCCCACACCUUGAUUCCCCACCAGUAAGUUAACUGAAAGUCCCUUACCUUGAUAAUGUAACUUUCCUGCUUAAUCCUCUUUUCCUGCUCCUUUCCUUACUUACCUUACCCCCAUCCACCCUGCACCCCCCCCCCCCUCCCAGCCUCAUCUGUGCGACUACAUGCAGCUUUGUCACAGUGAGGCCUAUUUAACCUCCUCUCAUCCUAAGUAACUUCUUCAUGAGAGAUAUUAGUUAUUUAUCAACAGAACACAUGAAAAAUGAAAGCUGAAAAAUCUGUGGAUGACAAGCAAAGAACUUUUACAAAAUGAUAUAAAAUAACAUUUAAAGGAUGUUUGAUUGACUGAAUAUUUUUUUCAUAUGGGUUUAUUGACUCAGCGGAUGGCUGGAUUGUGUCAAGCAUAAACAUUUCUGCUGCAUUUUUGAAAAAUAAAAAUAUCAGUA